AUGGAGACUGAGCUUCUGGUUGACUGGCAGGUGGAGAAGGCAGGGCUUAAGCAGGAGGUGUGUCGUCUACAGGAGGAGCUGGAAGAGAGUCGAGCGGAGAGGGAGGAGCUAGAGUCCAGGGUGAAAACAGGAAGAGAGAGAGAGGCCAGACACUCUCUGCUCGUCCACCGACUGCAGAACAGGGUGGUGGAGUACAGAGAACGAUGUCGGCGCUUGGAGCUUCAGCUUCAGGAUGAAAACACACAACUGAUCAACACUGAGCAGAGGAUCAGAGGUGAAUGCAGUGACUCCCUGGAGAGCGCCCUCAUCAGGCUGGAGGAGGAACAGCAGAGGUCUGUUGGUUUAGUUGAGACAAACACGUUCUUGCGGGAGCAGCUCAUCCAAUCAGAUCAGAGCAACCAGGUCCUGGGGGAGGAGCUCCACAAGCUGAAGUGUGUGGAGGGGGUGGAGCCCAGAGAGUCUGAU